GAUAUCUCAAUGCGCAUGUGUUUCCUAGUAGCGGAAGUAAACAACUUUUUGACAGAACAAAACAUGUGCGUUCGCGUAUCGAGCAAGUUUCGGUAAAUGUGCGAAAAACAGAUUAAAAUAUAGUAGAAAACAUUGCAGCGUAUAUAGCUUCGAACGCCUUCAUAUAACAGAACUUGAGCAAGUUCUAGUAACAAUUGAGCAGGAACCGAGUUAGUUCACACGAUGUCUGGCCAGCAGGAACUCUCACUGGGUGGGGAGUGUGUGUUUACAGACGAGGAGUUUGCGGAGGCCUGUCGAGAGUUGGAGCAGCCACAGAUAGAAGGAUGGGAGUUCUUUACAGAGUCGCACGGGGUCACUAUAUAUAGGAUGUACAACGAGACCUCUGGUUUAUAUGAAUAUAAAAUCUAUGGUGUCCUGGACGAUGUAUUGCCUGAUGUUUGUGCUCAAGUAUACAUGGACCUUGAAUACAGAAAACAGUGGGAUUCUUACGUGAAAGAGCUGUACGAGAAAGAUGCAGAUGGGAAGAAAGUCAUAUACUGGAAUGUCAACUACCCCUGGCCCUUGUCUAACAGAGACUAUGUGUAUGCUAGAACUUUACGAGAGCUGGACAGCAAUGGUCAGAAGGUGUACGUAGUUCUGGCGCGCAGUGAGACCGUGCCGUCCAUUCCGGAGGUGGACGGUGUGAUACGUGUUGACGACUAUGUUCAGAGCUGUGCACUCACCACGGACGGGAAAGUGGGCUCAAAAGCAUAUAUGCGUUACUAUGACAAUCCAAAGGGUUCCAUACCAACGUGGCUUAUCAAUUGGGGAGCUAAGACUGGCGUGCCAGGAUUCCUAACCAUGAUGCAGAAAGCAUGCAGAACUUAUCCAGAAUAUUUGAGUAAAAAGUCCUAGCAUUACCAGCAAUUUAUGAGUGUGUUCAACUACUUUUAUGUCAGCAUUGGUCAUUAAUACUGAAUAUUACGUGUUUUAUAUUUUUCACAGUGAACUUAAUUCAAUUGAUGUGCAAUUUUAGAGAAACAUUUCAAGUUAUGCCUGCAUAUUUGUGAUCAAAACAAAUGUUUUUGACAUGAAGUUUGAAGACUAUUUAUUUUAAAUGUUUGAAUGAUUGAUCAUUAAGUACAAAUAAGCCUGUCAAUAAUGGUUCCAUGUUCAUGUUCUUUUUACAUUUUACCAUAUUAUAUUAAUGUAUAUGCUGGUGUCUCAAUUUAUUGUAUUUAUCUUGAAACAUUCUUAUUUCUUUUCUGUGAUAUUUACUGGGCAAUUUAUUUCCUUUUUGCAAUGUUUUUUAAGUUCUAUUAAUAUAACGUUAUUAUGGUAAAAAUAAAAGUACUUUUAUGCGUU